AUGAACUAUUUUCAAGAAAUAGACUUCAAUACCCUUGAAGCUCUUUACUCCCAAGCAAGGGAUGCAUAUUACAGUGGAGAGCCUUUGAUAGUUGACGACAUGUUUGAUAGAGUAGAGUUGAAGCUUAAGUGGUAUGGUUCGAAUUCAGUUGUCAAGUAUCCUAGAUGCAGUAGUAUCAGGAGGCAAUCAACAUAUGCUGAUGCUGAGGUUUUGUCAUUGGGUACUCAGUUGCUUCAUCUUCAGGUAAAAAUCCUUUUGCUAGUACUUUUCAUCGCCUGUGAAGGCGUGGCACUAAAGGGUUCAUGUCCAAAUUGUGGAGAAGAGGUAUUUGCAUUUGUGAGAAUGGACAAGGCUAAUAACUCACCCCAUAGAGCAAAUUGUCAUGUGUGUGAAUGCAUAUUGGAAUUUCGCACCAAAGUCGAGCAAUCGGCUUCAAGAUUAGGUAGACAAUGAGUUUAGGGGCGUAUUUACCUUGUUGGCAGAUCCCGACGCCAAAGGGAGCUAUAA